AUGGAGCCUCUCGCCAGAAUCGACAACAACUUUGCCCUUCAGUCUAACAUCCUUAGUGUUUACCAGGAUAUUUCCGAGAAUGACCAAAUUCGUGAGGCCUCAAAAAAAUCGCGGAAGUUAUUUGAUGCGUUUCGUACCCAGUCAUUCAUGCGCGAGGAUGUUUUCGCACUUGUCAAUGCAGUGCAUGACGGCAGCGAGGGCCUUGAUGCCGAAUCCUCCCUCUUACUGAAGCUCACAUAUGACAGGCAUAUCCAAAUGAGCGUAGGUCUACGUGAUACUAAGCAGAAACAACGUUACAAGGAAAUACAAGCACAGCUCGCUGAGAUAAAACCAGCCUUUCGACAGAAUCUCAAUAGCGAUAACAGUACAGUAGAUUUCAACCUUGACGACCUGAAAGGUGUUCCUGAUCGAAUACUAGCUAAGCUGGAUCCCAAAGGAGCUGCCCAGCAUCAGUACCAAGUUACACUCUCAAACCCCAGCCAUAUGGAGAUUAUGGAACGCGCAACCAAAAGUGAGACUAGAAGACGUCUAUUCAUUGCUAGCCAGAAUAGGUGUGUUGGAAAUGGACCUCUCCUUAAAGAAGCUGCAAUAUUAAGAUACGAAUCUGCCAAUUUACUGGGAUUCCCAGACAACGCCGCUCGUCAAAUUCAAGGGAGAAUGGCCAAGAUUCCAGAUACAGUAAACAAAUUUCUAGCCGAGUUAUGCUCCAAAUUAACACCAGCCGGACUCGCUUCUUUGAAUGAGCUGGAAUUUUUGAAGAGAGACGAUGUUAGUCGCCAAGAUGAGCUAGACCAGUAUGACCACAGCUUUUUUAUAUGGGAUUAUCAUUUCUACCAUCGACUGAUGUUAGAGCGGCACCUUGGAAUUGAUCGUCAGAAAAUAAGGGAGUAUUUCCCGCUGCAGACAACCAUUGCCGGUAUGUUGAGCAUAUUCGGAUCUUUAUUCCAACUGAAGUUCAUAGAACUUAAGGGGGCCGAUAAAUCUUCCAACAUGGUCUGGCAUGAAGAUACUCAGGUAUUUCAAGUCCAUGGUAUCCAGAAACAGAGUAAUCAUUUCCAUGGAUAUCUUUAUCUUGAUCUCUUUUAUCGGCAAGGCAAAUAUCCUAACCCUGCAUGUUUCAACCUCCAGCCGGGAUUUAUUAAACAGGAUGGCUCCCGCUAUUGCCCGUCAGUUGCGCUCUUGUGUGAUUUUUCUCAGCCAACAUCAAGGAAACCAUCUCUUCUCGGGCAUUUCGAGAUGGUAACCAUGUUUCAUGAAUUGGGUCACUGUAUGCAUGACCUUCUCUCCAAGACUAGAUAUGCCCGCUUUCACGGUCCCGAGAGCGUCCCCGUAGACUUUGGCGAGGUUCCAAGUCAAAUGCUUGAGAAAUGGUGUUGGAUACCGUCACAACUUAGGAAAUUGAGCACACACUACUCAUACGUGGACUCUGAUAUGCUUGAGCACUGGAAAACAGAGAACAAGGGUAUUGGUCAACCGCAAAAGCACAUGCCGGACGCCAUGAUAGACUCCCUCAUUCGAGCCAGAAGCCUUACCUUUGGGCCUUUGUUUUAUCUAGAGCAGCUACAGAGAAGCCUUUUUGAUAUAGCUAUCAAUCAACUGCACAAGGAUAUUCGGCUGAUAAGCGGUCCUGAAGCUCUUGGGAAGGGGUAUACCUGGGGACAUGGUUAUGCCAUAUUUUCCCAUUUAAUGUCAACUGACUAUGACGCUGGAUAUUACUCCUACCUAUUUUCACAGGUUUUUGCAGUGGACCUGUUCUACACCGAGUUCAAAGAUGAUCUGGCAAACAUUGAGACGGCUCAAAGAUAUCCUCGUUGUAUCCUUGAAAGAGGGGGUAGCCAAGAUCAUAUGCAAGCUCUUAUCGAUUUCUUAGGCCGGCCACCCUCGGCGGAAGCUUUUGAUGAGCAUCUAUUUGGAUGCAGCACGGAAUUAUGA